ACUCUCAGUAGGGUUUCCCGGGCGAUCAGCCUCUUAGUAACCCGAGUUCACUUAACUCAUCAUCUGCCCCGAUUUCUCGAGGAAGGCAUUUGGAUGCAGGCCCUGCUUUUUGGGAGGGGUCUUCUCGGUGCCCUGCACCAAGCAAAAGGGUCUCUCUACGCCCCAUCCGAUUUUUCACUGGGGUCCUUUGGGCCAGCAUUGGGAGCGCCUGGGGUCAGCCCCGGCCACUCACACCUUCCCUCCUUCCCAAGCUGCCCUCCCAGGUUCGGGAGACAGGUUAAGGGCUGGGAGCGAGUACAGGAAGUCCCAAAGUCAAGUGUUCUGAGCAAGGGGUGACUCAGAAGGAGGAAAUGCGGCAGGUGGGGUUGCGGCUUCCCGCGGUGUGGAGCCGUCAUCUCGGGGCCACGGGGAGCCCAGGCACCUGGAGGUGGGGGAGUGAAUCACCUGCCCCCGCCCCAGCGUCUUGGAGCCACGCAAGGUGAGGGGGCCCGCACAGGUUGCCUUUGCCCAAGGCCGCAGCCGGGGGUGUGCUUGGGGGCGUUGUCCCUCAGCUAGGGUCUCCGAGAGGGUGGGAAUUCCUGCCCUGCCCUUGGCCGAGGAUCUUCCUGUCCACCCUGCCGGAGCUAGCUGGCUUCCGUUUCCCACAGCGAAAACUUUUCCCUGCUUUUGGGCAUAGCAAGUCUUCUGCCGACUCCAGCUAGGGGUCGGGGGGAAGCGCGGAGGAACCCUUUGUGGUUGUUUUGUUGGACUUCGCAGCAAUGAAGGGAGAGCUCGGCUGGCUCACGCACCCCUAUGGCAAAGGGUGGGACCUGAUGCAGAACAUCAUGGACGACAUGCCUAUCUACAUGUACUCGGUGUGCAACGUGGUGUCCGGCGACCAGGACAACUGGCUCCGCACCAACUGGGUGUACCGGGAGGAGGCCGAGCGCAUCUUUAUUGAGCUCAAGUUCACCGUGCGAGACUGUAACAGCUUCCCGGGCGGCGCCAGCUCCUGCAAAGAGACCUUCAACCUCUACUAUGCAGAGUCAGAUGUGGACUAUGGCACCAACUUCCAGAAGCGCCAGUUCACCAAGAUUGACACCAUCGCCCCUGACGAGAUCACGGGCAGCAGUGACUUCGAGGCUCGCAACGUCAAGCUGAACGUAGAGGAGCGCAUGGUGGGGCCCCUUACCCGGAAGGGCUUCUACCUGGCCUUCCAGGACAUCGGUGCCUGUGUGGCGCUGCUCUCCGUUCGCGUCUACUACAAGAAGUGUCCCGAGAUGCUGCAGAGCUUGGCUCGAUUCCCCGAGACCAUUGCUGUCGCUGUCUCCGAUACACAACCCCUGGCCACGGUGGCCGGUACCUGCGUGGACCAUGCCGUGGUGCCUUAUGGGGGCGAGGGGCCUCUCAUGCACUGCACGGUGGAUGGUGAGUGGCUGGUGCCCAUCGGGCAGUGCCUGUGCCAGGAAGGCUACGAGAAGGUCGAGGAUGCCUGCCAAGCCUGUUCUCCAGGAUUCUUCAAGUCUGAGGCAUCUGAGAGCCCUUGCCUGGAGUGUCCAGAGCAUACCCUGCCAUCCACAGAGGGUGCCACCUCCUGCCAGUGUGAAGAAGGCUAUUUCAGGGCACCUGAGGACCCACUGUCCAUGUCUUGCACACGUCCACCCUCUGCCCCCAACUACCUCACGGCCAUCGGCAUGGGUGCCAAAGUAGAACUGUGUUGGACAGCUCCCAAGGACACCGGUGGCCGCCAGGACAUUGUCUACAGCGUCACUUGCGAACAGUGCUGGCCAGAGUCUGGCGAGUGUGGGCCCUGUGAGGCCAGUGUGCGCUAUUCAGAACCUCCUCACGCCCUGACCCGCACGAGUGUGACAGUCAGUGACCUGGAGCCCCACAUGAACUAUACCUUCGCUGUCGAAGCCCGCAAUGGUGUCUCAGGCCUGGUGACUAGCCGAAGCUUCCGGACUGCCAGCGUCAGUAUUAACCAAACAGAGCCCCCCAAAGUGAGGCUGGAGGACCGAAGCACCACCUCCCUGAGUGUCACCUGGAGCAUCCCGGUGUCACAGCAGAGCCGUGUGUGGAAGUACGAAGUCACCUACCGCAAGAAGGGGGAUGCCAACAGCUAUAAUGUGCGCCGCACAGAAGGCUUCUCCGUGACCCUGGAUGACCUUGCUCCGGAUACUACGUACCUGGUGCAGGUGCAGGCACUGACGCAGGAGGGCCAGGGAGCCGGCAGCAAAGUGCACGAGUUCCAGACGCUGUCCACAGAAGGAUCUGCCAACAUGGCGGUGAUCGGUGGUGUGGCUGUAGGUGUUGUCUUGCUUCUGGUACUGGCAGGAGUUGGCCUCUUCAUCCAUCGAAGGAGGAGGAACCUGCGGGCUCGCCAGUCCUCUGAGGAUGUCCGUUUUUCCAAGUCAGAACAACUAAAGCCCCUGAAGACCUAUGUGGAUCCUCACACUUACGAAGAUCCCAACCAGGCUGUACUCAAGUUUACCACCGAGAUCCACCCAUCCUGUGUGGCAAGGCAGAAGGUCAUUGGAGCAGGAGAGUUUGGAGAGGUCUAUAAAGGGACGCUGAAGGCAUCCUCGGGGAAGAAGGAGAUACCAGUGGCCAUCAAGACACUGAAAGCGGGCUACACUGAGAAGCAGCGGGUGGACUUCCUGAGUGAGGCCAGCAUCAUGGGCCAGUUCAGCCACCACAAUAUCAUCCGCCUGGAAGGCGUGGUCUCUAAAUACAAACCCAUGAUGAUUGUCACAGAGUACAUGGAGAAUGGAGCGCUAGACAAGUUCCUUAGGGAGAAGGAUGGCGAGUUCAGCGUACUUCAGCUGGUGGGCAUGCUGAGGGGUAUCGCGUCCGGCAUGAAGUACCUGGCCAACAUGAACUACGUGCACCGGGACCUGGCCGCCCGCAACAUCCUCGUUAACAGCAACCUGGUGUGCAAAGUGUCCGAUUUUGGCCUGUCGCGUGUGCUGGAGGAUGACCCCGAGGCCACCUACACCACAAGUGGCGGCAAGAUCCCUAUUCGAUGGACAGCCCCAGAGGCCAUUUCCUACCGCAAGUUCACCUCGGCCAGCGACGUGUGGAGCUACGGCAUUGUCAUGUGGGAAGUGAUGACUUAUGGCGAACGGCCCUACUGGGAACUGUCAAACCACGAGGUCAUGAAAGCCAUCAACGAUGGCUUCCGGCUCCCCACGCCCAUGGACUGCCCUUCAGCCAUUUACCAGCUCAUGAUGCAGUGCUGGCAGCAAGAGCGCUCCCGCCGGCCCAAGUUUGCCGACAUCGUUAGCAUCCUGGACAAGCUCAUCCGAGCCCCCGACUCCCUCAAGACGCUGGCUGACUUCGAUCCCCGAGUGUCCAUCCGGCUGCCCAGCACCAGCGGCUCGGAGGGAGUCCCCUUCCGUACGGUGUCCGAGUGGCUGGAGAGCAUCAAGAUGCAACAGUACACGGAACACUUCAUGGUGGCUGGCUACACGGCCAUCGAGAAGGUGGUACAGAUGUCCAACGAAGACAUCAAAAGGAUCGGAGUGCGUCUUCCUGGCCACCAGAAGCGCAUUGCCUACAGCCUGCUGGGACUCAAGGACCAGGUCAACACAGUGGGAAUUCCUAUCUGAGUCCGACGGGGCUGUGCCCAACAAUACUUGAAGAGCCACAGUGGUCUCCCUGCCGACCUGGUGCUGGCCCACUGGAACUUUAUUUAUUUCUGUUUCCUCCUCUAUGCCUCCCUGAGGACUCUGCAGGGGGCUUUUGAAUGACACCCUGGCCUGAGCCUGGGAAACUUGGAUGCUGGUCAGGGCUCUCUUCCCCUGCAAAGGACCAGCUAAGCACUUAGCAGUUUGCCAUGGCCUUCCCAGCAUCCCCUGAGGCUAGAGUUCCACCAAGACCGUCUAUCGACAAGGGACAUUUCCAAACGGACCUCCCCAUCUUCUUUUGGCCCCCGAGAAGCCACCUCAAGAGCUGAGACUAAGCACUAAGCCCAGGACCAUAUGACUAGGGCACUGUACGCCCCGCCCCUAGUUAGAGGGUAGGUUUUGGACUUGGCUGGGUGUGGUCACAGCAAUCUCCCAGUGCCUUCUACAGACCCAGGGCUCUGCCCUCCGCCCUCGAGGGCCAGGUUCUUGCUUUCCUAGGGCCCUCUCAGGAUGCUUGGCUGUGCUGAGGUUUUUAUUAAAUAUAUAUUUUAUACUUGCGGAAAGAAUGAGUGUGUGGCAGGGACCUUGCCAGGGCUGGAGACAGAGGAUCCCCUGCAACAGACAUUCCUGGGCUGGGGGCUGGCGGACCUGCAGAAGACUUUCCGCCAGCCACCCCGUCUCCAGCCCCUUUGGACAAAUGUCGCUGUCAGUGUUACAGAUUUGUUUUAUUGGGUUGUUUUUUUGUUGUAUUUUUUUGAACCUUAACUUAUUAUUUUUUUUAUAUUUAUUGUUAGAAAAUGACUUAUUUCUGCUCUGGAAUAAAGUUGCAGAUGGUUCAAACUGA